AUGGAGAAAGCCAAUGAGCAGGUCCAUGCCGAGAACGCAAAUCAGGAUGGAACCAAUCCAUCUAGCUUUGGGUUGGAGUGUAAGGAACUGCAAGGACGCGCCAUCCAGAAACAAGAACAUAAUCGAGGAUACUUUCAAGCGCUUCGAAAAGAUCCUUGGCUGCUGUUCUGGAUCGGGGUAAUGCUCUGGACUCUCAUUGUGAGAGGUUUUGAGAAUCAAUCAUCAGGCUCUGUUAUCAGCAUUCCAGACUUCAAAAAACGAUUCGGCUCUAUUCAAGACGGCGAGUUUUUUAUCGAGACCAAGUGGCAGUCAGCUCUGAGCGGUGGCUCUAAUGCGGCUGCAAUUGUUGGCUCCUGUAUUGCCUCCUAUUUUGCCGACAAAGUUGGCAUGAAGCCUGUUACUCUGGCUGCAGCUGUCCUUAAUAUUGCAUCCGUCGCUAUCGAGUUUUCCGCCACGUCGAUCGGGAUGUUUUUUGCCGGCAAAAUGCUGAAUUUUGUUGCUAUUGGAGCCUUUCUCAAUAUUUGUACUGCAUAUGUGGCCGAUCUCUCCCCCCUCGCCAUCCGAGCAUCCGUCAUUGGAUUCUGCAACCUCUCUCAAUUGCUUGGUCCUGGAAGUCUCUCAUUUGUGCCCAAUGGGGGGUUCUCCGCCGUGGCUUUGAUAGGGCAAAUCUUCAUUCCCGAAUCCCCGGUAUACCUUGUCCGAAAAGGAAAGAUUAAUCAGGCUCGGAGCGUUCUGACUCGACUCUACUCUGAUCCACACGAUGCCGAAGGUCAUCUUGAACGAAUUAAAAUGACUUUGGAGGAGGCAGAGACACAGAAAACCACUGCCUAUAUUGAAUGCUUCCGAGGCACAAACCUACGACGAACUCUUAUCGCUAUUUUCGUCUUUCUUUCCGAACCUAUGUCCGGAUUAGGCUUUGUCUCUAACUAUGGGGCCCUGAUGUACCAGUAUCUGGGUAUAGGUGAUCGGCAAUCGUUUCUGAUCCAAAUCGGCGCUCAAAUCCUUUCAAUGUCGGGCGCAAUCGUUUCUUUCUCUGUUAGUGAUGGAAUAGGACGACGGCCUAUGUUCCUUGCGGGUUGCAUCGGGCUAACAGGGCUGCUCCUGUGUAUGGGAAUUGCUGGCUCUGUUAGUACAUCUACCGCAACCAGGGCGGCAGUCGGAUUCUACACCAUGUAUAAUUUUUUCUACAACGCAGGAGUUGGAUCUAACGUCUACACCAUCGCCUCCGAGGUACCUACCUCAAUUCUCCGCACCAAGACCCUUGCGAUAGCACUUUCCAUUUCUGCGGCGGUUAACACCAUGUGGUCUUUUGUUGCUCCUUACAUGUUCAACCCCGGUUACGGUAACCUCAAGGCCAAGAUUGGGUUUGUUUACGGCGCAUUCAUGCUUAUCUUUGCCGUGUUGGCAUUUUUCUUUGUCCCAGAGACUCGACGGCGCACAUAUGAAGAGCUCGACGAGCUGUUCAUGAAUCGGGUACCAACAAGGCAGUUCCGUGGAUAUGUAACAAUGGCAGAGCAGCGGGCAGAGGAGGCUUAUACAGCAAUCGGGAAAUUGGCAAAGGAUGCAAUGGACUGA